AUGGUGAAGCUACAUAAUUGUCUAGUGGAAAUCACCAAUGAGACGCAAUUCGCAAUGACGUAUAUGCUGGAUUGGUAUGACAGUGGACGAGUCGCGGACGGUUUCACAUGGCCUCCAACUAUUAACGCAAACGAUCAUCAAACAGUCCUCAGCUAUGAAAGAGACGGCGCUUUGGCGGGAUGUUCAGGGUACGUUACCUAUAACAUGAAUGACACCGAGGUCACAAUUGCCUUCUCCAAUCCAGAUAUAGGAUCCAAUAAGCUUGGAGUGGGGACCGGAGGAAAGGAGGUCUGGGAUGAGAUGGAAAGCCAUGAGUACGAAGAUUUUACUCAAACCAUAGUUUGCGAUAAUGGGGUGAUUUUGUUGUGCUACUGCAAGUGCACNAGGAAAGGAGGUCUGGGAUGAGAUGGAAAGCCAUGAGUACGAAGAUUUUACUCAAACCAUAGUUUGCGAUAAUGGGGUGAUUUUGUUGUGCUACUGCAAGUGCACCGGUGGAACAACCAACACUUGUACUGCCAACCUGACUAGAAUAAAACAGUAG